AUGCAGCUCAACGUGAUCGAUUUUCAGCAAGUCCUGCAGGAUCUGGACAAGGAUGCACCAGAUCUUCCGAUCCCGUCUAAUAAACCGUACAACUAUGAGAUAUGGCUGCCGUUGGUAUUGAAAUCUCGAGGAAUUCCUCUUUCCGAGCUUCAAGUUGUCUCUCUCUCGCGUGCGCGGAUCAAGAUACUGGUCGAGGCAGCUGCCGCAUCCAUUCAUACCCGUGUGCUCAACCGAUCCUACGCCGAAGAUCUCGAAGAUGAAGUCUAUCCUGCCUUCCAAGGGCUUAAAUUCCCCCCCGAAGGACUCUGGAUGCGCUUUGGGGCUUGUUCACCAAAGGACGGUGUCCAAAUAAAUCCUGGACAGCUGUCGAUUCAUUCCGUUGAAGAUAUUGUCCUCCGCAUUACCACAUCUUUGAGAACUUGGAGCGCCCUUACCAAUAUCCUUAAUAGUGAUGCUGAAGUGGGCUAUGUCUAUUUCCUUCCAUUCAACGCCGGAAUGAAGUCUGCAAGAGAGUAUCGCGUCUUUUGCGUUCCCAACUCGCUGGACAUAGCCGCCGUCAGCCAAUACGAAUGGCAUAAGCAAUGGAUCUUUGCUAAUGAAGACAGAGAUGUGAUGACAAGGGCGGCUCAAAGGAUAUUUAGGGGCACCCAGAAGGUCCAUGCAGAGAUUAUUGCAUUUAUGCACGCUCACGAGGAUAAUUCGCUGGAGAAUUUUAUUCGCAGUCAGGGUUUCACAUUCGAUGUUCUCUACGACGAAGUUACGGGCCAGUGUAUGUUGAUUGAGCUCAAUACGUUUGGUGUGAGGAGUGCAUGCGGCUCUUGUCUCUUUCAGUGGUUGAAGGAUCGUGCUGUGUUGUACGGAGAGACAGGUGAUGUCGAGUUUCGCGUGGCGAUGUGA